CGGCUCUUUGCGGUUUCUUAUCCCAUAGGAAUUCAAACGGCAUUCCUAUGGUUUUAGGGCAAACGUGAGACACGCGUACUUUCAGACAGCAUAAAUCGUCUGUUCCAUGUCUUCAUGACUGCUUAUUUAUGCUGGAUACGCCGACGGAUCAUCGGUACGCAGCCGCUCGGAAUAAAGUGCGGGCGGUCGGCAUAGGUCGCGUUGUACUGCACAAAUGUCUGCCGUUGGGCGCGGAGCCAGGUACGGUAUGGCUUAUAGCUACCUUCCAUUGCAAACUUACAGCGCCUUAUACCGCAAGCUAGGCCUGGGCCUUCGUGGCGACCGAAGGUUUCUCGCCGCAUUGACUUCUAUCAGCGGCCUUCCUGUGACCCGAGAAUAUCUAGUAGCUCUAGCAAGGCCUCGUUAGAACCUGCAUUGGCCAUAAGCCCUUGGAAAGUGUAUCACAUACGGCACUGCGCAAUAUGGUGGUUUGGGUGAAUAAAUUUUGUCACUCGAAA